GGGGGAGGAAAUCCCUGUGGUGGUUUCCCAGAAGAAAAGUUAAUUUCCCAGACGCAGAGAGCAGUAGGGUCUGGAACGCUAACAGGACUCGCCUGCUGGAAAUUCAGCCACUGAUCCAAGGAGCACCCUGCCCUCAGGUCCUGCCAGAUGUUUUGAUCUUUCUUCACAAACCUUAGGGAGGAGUAAAAUCUGCAACUCAAAGAAGGCCAUGGCCAACUUCUACUGCAUUUUGGGGGUCUGGAUUUCUCUUCUUCACAGCCAUGUCACAGGAUAUCCCAAACAAAAAAACACUGGAUCAGGAGACAUCAGGAACUGCACGGUCACCCCUCAGUAUCUGCCUCCCACGGUGACCAAUACGACUGAGCGACUGAGCGCCCUGCGGCAACGCAUGCAUUCCCACAACCUGACAACUUACAUUAUCCCCUCCACGGAUGCCCACAUGAGUGAGUACAUUGCAGAACGGGACAAGAGGUUAUUCUGGAUGACAGGUUUCACAGGAUCAUCAGGGACUGCGGUUGUCACUCUGCAGAAGGCCGUCCUCUUCACCGACAGUCGCUACUGGGCCCAGGCGGAGCGCCAGAUGGACUGCAACUGGGAGCUUCAGAAAUCAGCCUGGAUUUCAUCUAUUGGGGAGUGGUUACUUCAGGAAGUUCCUGCUGGGGAGAACAUUGGAUUGGAUCCCUACCUCAUUUCCAUUGAUGACUGGCGAAGCUACAAUGAAGCCCUCAAGGAUUCGAAUAGGAUCCUCAUCUCCAUCGAAGACAACCUAGUAGACCAGGUGUGGGGUGCCCAGAGGCCUCCUCCCCCCACUAGUGAGAUCUACCAACUUCCAGACAACUUCACUGGAAGCACCUGGCAGGAGAAGGUGUCCAAUAUCCUGAACCAGAUGGAGGAUCAUCUCAAGAAACCCACUGCAGUCUUGCUGUCUGGCCUUGAGGAAGUGGCCUGGCUCUUCAAUCUCCGAGGAGAUGACAUCCCUCACACACCUGUCUUCUAUGCUUACGCGCUUCUUACUAGGUGGAAUAUCAGCCUCUUUGUGGAUCCCUCUCGGCUGAACGAAAAGGCUCUCCAGUCUCUGACAUCCCAGUGCCCGAGGGCCUCGUGCGUUCAGGUGGAAAGCUAUGACCAAGCAAGUGCCCGAGUGGCAUCUUAUGCCCAACAGGACCCUGUUUUAAUUUGGAUCGGAAGAGAGUACACUACUCUGGGGUUGUAUCGGCACAUCCCUCAGGAGAAACUCCUGGAAGAAAACUACUCUCCUGUCAUGAUAACCAAAGCAGCCAAGAACUCCAGGGAGCAGGAAAUGCUGAAAGCCGCUCACAUACGAGACGCUGUAGCCGUGAUCCGAUAUUUGGCCUGGCUGCAAAAGAACGUCCCCACCGGUUCUGUGAAUGAAGUCUCCGGCGCACGCUAUGUGGAUCGGUUGCGUGGGGAGGAGCUGUACUGCCAUGGGACCAGCUUUGAGACCAUCUCUGCCAGUGGUUUGAAUGCAGCUUUGGCCCACUACAGCCCCUCCAAUUCUACCAGCCGGACACUGUCUGUGAAUGAAAUGUAUCUGGUGGACUCUGGAGGCCAGUAUCUGGAUGGAACAACGGACAUAACCCGGACUGUCCACUGGGGGGAGCCCACUGCUUUUCAGAAGGAAGCAUACACCCGGGUGCUGAUGGGAAACAUUGACCUUACCAGACUGACCUUUCCAUCAAGAACAUCAGGAAGAGUGGUGGAGGCCAUUGCUCGCCAGGCCUUAUGGAAAGUGGGACUCAACUACGGCCACGGCACGGGCCACGGCAUCGGCAACUUCUUGUCCGUCCAUGAGUGGCCUGUAGGCUUCCAAACCAAUAACAUACCCUUGGAAAAGGGCAUGUUCACCUCCAUAGAGCCUGGUUAUUACCACGAUGGCGAGUUCGGGAUCCGCCUGGAGGACGUUGUGCUCGUGGUAGAAGCAGAGACUAAGUACCAUGUGAGUGAAACGCCCUACCUAACAUUCAAGGUCGUCUCAUUGGUGCCCUAUGAUCAGAACCUCAUUGAUGUGAAACUUCUAUCACAGGAGCAGAUCCAGUACCUCAACAGCUAUUAUGAGACCAUCCGCCAGCAAGUUGGGCCUGAACUGCAGAGACGCCGCCUGCAUGAAGAGUACAAUUGGCUGCAAGAGAAUACAAAGCCUUUUUCCCAUGCCACUCUGAUGGCAGCCUCCCUGGGUAUCCUGGCCUUGAGCGCCCUGACUUUUACUCUUCUGACCGGCAUGUAAGGCUGAGGGGCACCGAACCCUGACUCAUUUCCCCUCACCCCUACUCUUAGGCCUUGCCCGUCUUUGCUUAACCACUUCAGACCCUGCCUGACUUUGACUUCUGAACAUUUCGGCCUACCUCACCGCGACUAUCCCUUUUCUUCAGCAUCAAAUUGUAAACUGUUUCCCUCAAGAGCCAGCGUGGUGUAUGAGCAGGCGAAUUCUAAACUGGAGAACUCGGUUUGAUUCCCCACUCCUCCACAAGAGCGGCAGACUCCUAUCGAGUGAACUGGACAUGAAGCCUGCUGGGUGACUAUGGUUUAGUCACAGUUCUCUCAGAACUCUCUCAGCCCCACCUACCUCACAAGGCGUCUGUUGUGGGGACAGAAAGGGAAGGAGUUUGUAAGCAACCUUGAGUCUCCUUACAGCAGAGAAAGGUGGGGUAUAAAUCCAAACUCUUCUUCUUUUCUUCUUCAAAGAUAGAGGUUGUACCAACCAUAUCUUUGCUUCUGAACAGUUUCUAGCUGAGUCAAGGAGGAGGAGGAGGGGGGAGGAGUAUGCCUGUGGUUACCCUCUUCCCUGAGUAUUUGGAGGACGUCUUCUCCCUCUUCUUUGAACUAGACAAGAACACACACUCGAAGCUCCCUUCUCUUGAAUCAGGUCAUAAGUCUAUCAAAGUCAGCCUUGUCUAUUAUUGACUGUCAGUAGCUCUCCAGUGGAGUUUUUCACAUCCCCAGUCACCUGAUCCUUUUAUUUGGAGAUGCCAAGGAUUGAAACAAGGACCUUCUGCAUACAAAGCAGAUGCUCUGCCACUGAGCUGUGGCCCCUCUCCAUAAAUACGAAGCAGCCUUACCUCCAGACCGC